AUGGACGGUUUUAUAUCGACGGAGGAGGCCCUGGACGCUGGCAAAACGCCGCUCCUGAGCCCGAAUGAGGCCGAGCCAGUCGCUGCAGACGUCGAACCCCCCAGGCGUAGGCGCAGACGCGAGUUUACGGACGGCCCGUACACCCCUCCAAAUCUAGCUGGAGCAGAUGCGCGCCGUUCGACAGUAUGCUGGUCCGUGCUGCCCGCAGAGGCCUGGCAACAGAUUGCAGAUCUUCUUCCGGACAAGGAGCUUGUCCAGUGCGCUACAACCACCAGAUCCCUUGUCGAGAUCCUGGAGACUGCCGAGCUUUGGGUCAGAAGAGCCGACUCUGCAUUUGCAUUGUUGCCCUUCUCAGAGGUAGAGCGUGAAGAGAUGAAGAAGGAAGUUCGACUUGACGGUCGCCGGGGCUAUGUCACCCGCCGCGUACUCUUCAAAGGCCUGCGAAUAGCGCUGCUGAUGGGAAAAGCCGAGAUGAGCCCGGCGAUCCAGCUAGCUCGGUGGUGCGGGGCGAAAGUCCAGCACAGCGGCCAGGGGGCGGAUAUCGUCCUGAUUGGCCCGGGUGGUGGAAGUUGCGCCGCUUUUGCAUCAUCCCGGCACUCGCACAAGCUCUACCAUGGUGCCUGGCUACGGGCCUCUUGCGUUGCCGGCCGGCAGCUGCCGAGACACAGGAUUGGAUGCGCGUCGAUCGGCGCACCUUUCAGUUCCUUUCGCUCGUGCAUUGCUAGCGGCCAUGGCAGCAACGAUACUCCAGGAGUCUAUGGCUGCUAUGCGCCCAGGCUCAUGGAGGGCUUACUGCUAAGCACCAGCCGCCUGCGAGCCCGCUCCAAGGAAGCGGUGGUGAUGACGGCGCAGCUGCUGGGUGCUCAGUGCACAGAUGAGCUCACAAAGGCACACACGCAUCUCAUUGCGGGCGCCAGCCAGGGCGAAAAGUACGAGUUCGCAAAGCUGCAUCGAAUUCCCGUCGUUUCCGUAGCCUGGCUGGACAACACGCUCCGGCUGGGCAUGCCAAUGAAGGAGCGCUGCUUUCCCGUGAGUGGCGGCGUGGACUGGUGA